AAAAGUAUCAUGAACGGCAGUCACUUGUCUCUUGUACUUAUUUCUGUUUUCUUACAAUUCCUGCUUUUAACUUUGGGGUCAGCACCUGGCCAUUUUCAAAAACUUGGUUCUCAUCGUUUUCCAGACGUUGCAAUCGACGAGGUACUCGACAAUCUAAGUCCAGACGAUUUCUGGCAACAUUAUGUAAGCAGCAGCAGACCGGCUAUAUUCCGCGGGGCUGCCAAACAUUCUCCAGCCUUCAAGAAAUGGACAGAUGCUUACCUGGCUGGAAAUUUCCCCAACAUGGAAAUAAGACUGGAGGCAAAACAGGAAGCAGACGGUUACCUGCCAAGAGGAGACCUAGGAAUCGGGAGAGAUUAUUUGUCUAAUGUUGUAGAAUAUUAUCACAAGACUGAUGUGUAUGUUGUCUCUGAGUUACCGUUUCCUAUGUACAAGGAUGUCGACGUUUUGCCUUGCUUGAGUUGUGGUACGUUUGCUGAUCGAAUCCAAGAGAUCAAUCUGUGGAUGAGCGGUGGAGGGACGUCUAGUGUUCUUCAUCGUGAUGCUUAUCAUUCCAUUAAUUGUUUAUACAAUGGUACCAAAGAGUGGUUAUUGAUUCAUCCUCAGUAUGAAGAUAAAAUAUACAUGACAGUAGAAUCGAAGCACGAGAUUGGUGGUCAGUCGGAUAUUAACGUCGAUGCUGUGGACAUGGAUAAAUUUCCUCUCAUUCAAGAUAUUCAUUAUUCACUAUUUACGCUGAAUGGUGGUGAUUGCUUGUUUCUGCCAGGAGGAUAUUGGCAUCAAGUUCGAUCAUUUGGCACUCACAAUUUGGCUGUGGCCAUUCUGUUUUCUAGGAUAAAAUCAUUUUUUGGGACAGACUGUCAAAAUGCUGAUUAUAAGUCAUUGGACCAGUUUGAUGUUGUUUGGGUAUACAAUGGAACAGGAGUGAUGAGUAUGGGCAAUAUGGAUGUGGAAAAUCUCAGAGAGCUGCUGUUAUCAUUUGCUGAUGAGAAUGGCAGAGUUCAUCGGGAAACGAUUUUGCAAGAAAUAGCUGAGUGGUAUGAUAUUCUUCCUGAAAACAGUCGGGCAGGAGCAUUUCAACAUGUCUCUAAAGCAUUUGAUGAACAUUUGGAUGUUUCUAAUGUCGGAUAUGGAACAACAGAGGAAAUUGUGGCUUUGACGAGAGAUCAACUGAAAGCUCUUGCUCUUGCUAUUGAACCUGUUGAGCCAUCAAACAGUUAUGAGUUUGAGUAUUCGAUAUUCCAUGAAGACGAUAUUCGGUAUGUAAUUGAGCAUCUUGCUCAUAAGAAGUCUCUGACUUGUGAAGAAUUUGUGAAAGAUUACACACAUAAGGACAAGAUAUUUGGGUCUACAAAGAUUGCAAAUGACGUGUUUGCAGUUCUUGACAAAGAAGGGAAAGGAUAUGUAACCGAAGAAGAGCUAGCCGAUGGUCGACUUGAGGCAGCACUUGAGCCCUUUCGCAUUUAUCAUCCACGAGAUUCAGUAUCCGAACGAAUUUUUGUACACAAUCAUGAUGAACUGUAAUCAUCAGCAGGUAGAGUAGAACUAGUAGAUUGGACUGAAAGUGUCAGGUUGAUGCAUAAUGAGUUGUAUCCAUGUGAUGGUAGAUUUUCUAAAUUUGAUCAAAUUAUGUCCAAUAAGUCUUAAUGGCUAUACAAAGUGAUUGAUUUUAAAG